GCAUGUGCCACUACACCUAUUUUAUGUGGUACUGGGGAUCAACCCAUAGCUUCAUGAAAGUUAGGCCAGUACUCUGAGUUAUAACCCCACUCAAACGUUGACUUCAGUGUUGACAUCAGCCAUCCCUUCCUUGCUUAGGUCAUGACACUUGUGUUCCUUUGGUCCCUAGGCGAGCUUGUCCAGCCUCCCAAUGUCAGCUGGCCCUUGAGUCAGAAUGGGAGUGAUGCUGAGGCUACCCUGACUGCCAACCUCACCUUCUCCUCCUACUACCAGCACUCCUCUCCAGUGGCAGCCAUGUUCAUAGUAGCCUACGUGCUCAUCUUCCUCCUCUGCAUGGUGGGCAACACCCUGGUCUGCUUCAUUGUGCUCAAGAACCGCCACAUGCGCACGGUCACCAACAUGUUCAUCCUCAACCUGGCUGUCAGCGAUCUGCUGGUGGGCAUUUUCUGCAUGCCCACUACCCUCGUGGACAACCUCAUCACUGGUUGGCCUUUUGACAAUGCCACAUGCAAGAUGAGUGGCUUGGUGCAGGGUAUGUCUGUGUCUGCAUCCGUUUUCACGCUCGUGGCCAUCGCUGUGGAAAGGUUCCGCUGCAUCGUUCACCCUUUCCGCGAGAAGCUGACUCUCCGGAAGGCGUUGCUCACCAUCGCAGUGAUCUGGGCACUGGCGCUGCUCAUCAUGUGUCCCUCGGCGGUCACUCUGACAGUCACGCGCGAGGAACAUCACUUCAUGCUGGACGCCCGCAACCGCUCCUACCCGCUCUACUCGUGCUGGGAGGCCUGGCCGGAGAAGGGCAUGCGGAAAGUCUACACCGCCGUGCUCUUUGCUCACAUCUACCUGGCGCCGCUGGCGCUCAUCGUGGUAAUGUACGCGCGCAUUGCGCGCAAGCUGUGCCAGGCCCCGGGUCCAGCGCGCGACACGGAGGAGGCGGUGGCUGAGGGUGGCCGCGCGUCGCGCCGCAGGGCUCGCGUGGUGCACAUGCUGGUCAUGGUCGCGCUCUUCUUCACGUUGUCCUGGCUGCCGCUCUGGGCGCUGCUGCUGCUCAUCGACUACGGGCAGCUGAGCGAGCCGCAGCUGCACCUGCUGUCCGUCUAUGCCUUCCCCCUGGCACACUGGCUGGCCUUCUUCCACAGCAGCGCCAACCCCAUCAUCUACGGCUACUUCAACGAGAACUUCCGUCGGGGCUUCCAGGCUGCCUUCCGUGCACAGCUCUGCCGGCCACCCUGGGGUGCCCACAAACAAGCCUACUCCGAGAGGCCGGGCCGCCUCCUGCGCAGGCGGGUGGUGGUGGACGUGCAGCCCAGCGACUCGGGCCUGCCAUCCGAGUCUGGCCCCAGCAGCGGGGCCCUAGGGCCAGGUCGCCUGCCGUUGCGCAAUGGGCGUGUGGCCAACCAGGGUGGCCCUCAGGAAGGACCUAGCUGCAACCAUGUGCCCCUCACCAUCCCAGCCUGGAACAUCUGAGGUGGUCCAAAGAGGGCAGAUCCAGUGGGCCCAUGGGCGUGACUCUGAACCGCGAUGCCUGAAUGUAAGAAUAGUAUUAGAAGAGGGUGCCAAGGAGCAUCCUUGAUAAAAAAACGAGACUGGGUAGCAGUGUUGAUUUCCAGUUUCUCAACAGGCCUGCUGCAUCGGUUGAUGGCAAAUAAGAGGAAGCCUCCAACCUCGCAAACCCCCUCUGCUCUGGAGCCAUAUCCAGAUGAGUCUGUCUUGUCCACAUCUCAGAACCCUUACCCUCAGAGGCACCGAGGCCGGGGGAGAAGUGACAGGGUCUCUCCAUUGGAAAUCCCACUUGACCCAGACUCCAGUGUGUCUUUAUGAUAUCUACAUUUCCAGUGGUCUCCCCCGCAAGGCCUUCUGGGAUGGAGCUCAGGAAAAUAUGUCCCUUUACCUAGGUAGUUGGGAAGAGGUGACCUCUGCGCUUACAUAGAGUCCCUGUGAUUGAGUCCUUCGUGUUGUGUUGCUGAAACAGCUCCCCUUGGCCCUUUCUGGGAGAAGUCCAUGCUCUCCUCCUGCCAGCUGCAAUGUGUUUGUUUUAUUGUAAGAAGUGUCCAAGUCCAUUUCCACGUCAGGAUGUCACAACUGGGCAGCUGCAAGAGGAGCCUUAGGGAAUCUGUUUAACCUGCAGGACACUUUGGGUUAAGCCUAAGGGAGGCACCCCUCCCUACCUCCAUCACCCAGAGCCAGGCAGAGUGUCCAACAAGACCGACAGCUCAUGGGUGACAGGCAAUGCAGAGAGGAAGACAGCACAAUGCCUACUCUCCCCUGUGGAAAUAUCUUACUGGGUCUGUGAGCCUGAUACCUUUCUCCUGGCCUCUCUUCCAUGCCUAAUGGGAAGGAGAAGUUGGUCAGUCGGGGUGGGCAGAGCCCCUGAAAGACAAAUGCAAACCCUUCCACAGUAUGUGACUCAUGAACCCUAAAAGCAAAGGAGACCAGGAAACCCUGUACGCACCCCAGCUGUCACCCAGUAUAUAUGCAAUCACCUUGACAGAGUGACACUUCUCCCCAGGAACUGAGGAAAUGGGUUGUCUCUGCUGAUUUCUCCUGCAUCUUCAAUAAUCUGCACUUAAGCAGACACUUUUCCUCCAUUUCCACAUUUGCUAAAACAAAUUUAAGGGAUAAAAAGAAGAAACAUUCCCAGCAUCCAGGGCGUUGAGCUCUUAUCACACACUGAUUGGCCAUUUCCAGGACCCAGGACUCUGAGCUCUUACUGUGUUCUUAACACACACUGAGUGGCCAUUUCCAGGAUCCAGAGCUCUGAGCUCUUAACACACACUGACUGGCCACUUAACUGUUCUGAGGUCCGUCAUAGGCAAUGGCCACAAUGGCAGAAGAAACUGCUUCAUAGUUGUACAUGGCCCAGCAUGUCUCUGGACACUGUCAUCUGAAACAUUAAAUGUUCUUGCCAUUUCACAAAGUGACUGAGGCCCAUUAGGGCCAGGGUCACGGGGCCACAGACAGCAGCAUUUGGAAAGGCUUGUCUUCAGACAGCUUGGAUCACAUCUUGCCUUCUGGAGAAGGUGGGCAUGGCAGCAGGAUCUCCGGAGAGCUAGAAACUCCCUGCCUGGUGACAAAAAGGAACACCCAUGGAAUGAAUCCAGGUUGGAGCAGGGAAAUGUCUCCAUUGUGCUUGUCCUCUGACUUCUGGCCAGAGUUGUUCUGAACAAAUAUCUGUAACCCCAGGCUUAGGAGGCUGCCAAGCUCCUUCAUAACACUGCCUGGUCUGGGAGUCUGGGGAAGCGGUGUGUGGGAAAGGCAGAUAAGGUGUGGUCGCCUGAGCUGACACUCUGCAUUUUUUGUUUUUGAUUUUUCAGCACAGGGUUUCUCUGUAUAACAGCCCUGGCUGUCCUAGAACUUGCUUUAUAGACCAGGCUGGCCUCAAACUCAGACAUCCCACUGACUCUGCCUUCUGACUGCUGGGAUUAAAGGCACUCACUACCACUACCCAGUCACCACGCUUUUGCUGGUUGGUGUUGUAUUAGUGUCACACAAAUGACGCAGUGGCCUGAAAAUUGCUGGUGCAUUGGCCUGAGAAUUGCUGGCUGUUUACUGGGAAGACUUGUGACUCUAGGCUCUAAAAAUAAACCAGACCAAGGGCCAUGUCAGCUCUGUCCCGACGUGUGAAUUGCAGUCGGCUCUCUACCCUGGAGUAUUUCUUCUUCAGCAUGGCCUCCCAGAGGCAAAAAAUACAGCCUCCCCUCAGUAAUCAUGUCCACUAAGCCCUCUGCUUUAUUUUCUUCAGACUCCCUGCUUUGAGAGUCCAUGACUGCCCAAAUGGCAUGCUUGCCACAGGUAGCAUUCCCUGUGUUCCAUUGUUCUAUUGUUCUUGUCAUUACUCAAGUAAGAGCAGAGACAACACCUGCCUGUCCCCCAGACUUGGUUCAAUGCUAAUAGGCACAACUUGAUAUAGACAAGCAGGCAGGGUGGCAGGCAGGGAGCUUGUUUCUUUGUACAUGUGUUAAAAUAUACCCAAUGUACAAAUUUCCCCAGUGUACAGAUCAGUGGCACUCAGUAUUCAUGUUGCUGUGUAACUAUCCACCUACUCUUUUCAGCACUGUAUUAUCCUAAAUGGAAACUGUGUAAACCCAUUGACGCCAACUCCCCAUCCCUGGCUCUGCCCAACUCCUAGAAGCCACAGUUCUUUCUCUCUGAAUUUGACAUUUCUAUGGUUCCCUACAAAUGAAACGACUCUGUUUUUCCUUUUGUGACUUUUACAUCAUAUAACUCUUUUCAAGGUUCAUCCAUGUUGUCACAUGGGUCAGAAUUUCCUUGUGUGGCCAACUACAAUUCCAUUGUAUAUUUAUAUGAUGUCUUGCUUCUCCAUCAGUGUCUUCUUGUUGCUGGUUCAGUUAUAAUAAGUCAUGUGUAUGCAUGGGGGUGUUAGAUAAUAAAACUAGAUUCUGAAAAUAGUACCUAUGUGAACCCCAAGGCGGAGACCCCAACACUUCUCUCAACUUGUCACUUAGCAGUGACAGAGCAGAGGACAGCUGAGAUCUCUGUCCCCCUGUGCUCAACCAGCUGUUUUGAGUUUCCCUCGCCUGUGUUACUUCUUGGCUAGGGUGAGUAAAAAUUCUAUGUUCUGUUCACAAGAUAUUUAUAUGAUGCUGCUUUUGUAAGUCAUAGCUUUGUCAUGAGAUCUCUGUGUCCAGACACUUGGGUCUGAGUAUAUCUUGUGUGACCACAGCACUCAAGUACAAUCAAGGAAGACCUCUCUUGGAGCAGCCAUGUUCUAUUUGUGACUUGUCAGGUCUCCUGAGGUGACUCGCCCUUUCAUGGGUGGAAAGUUUGGAGAUGAACAGAGCCUGUGAUGGGGAAGAGAGCCAGAGGCCUGUGGACAUUGAGAACUCUACCCAGAGGGGCUCUCGGAGGGACACUGUGUCCUUCAGUACCAUGUGCUACAGAGUGGUCAUUCUCCAAGCUGGUCUUAAUGGAUGAAUGGGCUCUUGACUUCCCGAAGACCAUGCAGACACACCUGACCAAUGUGAGGGAAGGCGGUGCCCACCAGGGCCCACAAACCACAGACUGGCUGGCCUUGGACCGCCAACUUUCUCUAGGGGCCUGGAGGGUUCAUGGCUGACUUGGGUUGGAAUGGAAGGUGGAGCUGGCAGAGGAAGCCAGGAGCCCCCUAUCAUUAACCUAGUGUGCAUUCAUCCCGAAUCCAGGUGGGAGCCAGGCCCGGGGCUGGAAGGACAAAGCAUUGCUAUUAAGUUCUGGGCCUCUUUGCAUCCUUUUCCUUAGCUCACCUCUCAGAAGUGCCACUGAGAAAAGAUAGAUGAGAAAGAGGUGACCAGCAGCUUCAUCACAAGCAAACAAUGUUGAAGCAAAACAGAUUCCUUGCUGAAUAACCCAAUUAUUGUUGGCUGCUUCUUUCUUUACAGACGCGCCCCUGUAUAAGCAUGGUGGAAAUUUCACAAACCAUAGAUAAGCAAAGAGAGAGAGAGAGAGAAAAGGCAAAGCACUUCAACUUUAUGAGAGACACACAUUCGGUUUGUGAGCAUAGCACCCUUAUGGAGGGAUAACAUAUGCUAAAAUCCACCCUUCUUCCAUGAACAUUUGAUGAAUCUUAGCAGUUGUGUAUUUGUUUCACCGAAGAUACUUUCAUCCUUCCAAAACCCUCCAUAAGUCAAUGCAUGCCCUUCUCCUCCAGUUCCAGAAAACCAGCCAUCUGAUUUCAGAAUGUCAUGUAUAUGGAAUAAGACCGUGAACAGCAUGUCUUCUUUCAUUUGACAGGAUGAUUUUGAGGUUUGCUCACAUCGUGGCAUUUCUUAAUUUGUUCCUGAGUAGCACUUACUUUGUUGCUGAGUAGUACUCCAUUGUGGUAUGUGUAGUAACACAAUCUGUCUCUUUAUCAGAUGACCAUCAUUUGGGUUGUUGACUAUCAUGAGAGAUGCUAUUGCGGUCAUUCCUACACAAACCCUUCCAUGCAUAAAUGCUUUCAGCUCUCUUGGUGGACAGGGAGUGAGGGUGCUGAGAUAUGCAUGGAGAUGACACUUCUGUCUUCUAGUGGUGGCAUGCUAUCAUUUUCUGUUCUCACCAACAGUGUGUACAUGAGUUGCCAUUGUUCUGUGCUUUUGCCAACAGUUAAGAUUACUGUUCUUAAAGUUCUCCUGAUGACUAGUGACGUUGGGUAUCCUUUUAUGUGCCUACUGGCCAUCCUUAUUUCUUUUAUUCUAACCAAAUAUUGUACAAGUUACUUCUUGUUGUUAACAAAAUAUCUGACCAAGGCACCUGAAGGAAGGGAACGGUUUUUCUGGCUCAUAGUUUUCAGGCCAUGAGACAGGAGAGGGAAGAAUAAGGGAAUAAGGGGGUAAUAUAUAGCAAAUGCCACUGACUUUUAGCAAUUACAUUUCUGGUCUACUCAAAACAUUUAUUUGGUGCCUCUUCAAUUGCAGGUGUGGGCCAGUGAGAAGGCUUGCUGGGUAAAGGGGCUUGUUACACACGUCUGGUGACCUGAGUUUAAGUCCUGAAACUACCAUAGAAGGAGAUAAGUGAUUCCACAAAGUUGCCCUCUGACCUCCACAAGUACACUGUUGCACACAUGUACCUAAACACACACACACACACCUACAUACACACACCACACACACACACACACACACACACCACACUUGCCUGCAUGCACCCACAAAUGUCCGCAUGCAAAGUACCAAGUGCUCUCUGUGUCUGUUGCUAAACUUUAACGCUGGAAAGAGAGCUGAGACUCAAGUCGUGGUCUUUCUCCCCUGGGCUGCCAUGACCUGCCUUCUCUACAUUUGAGAAAGUGAGGUUCAGAAUUAAAACAAGAGGCUUGAUGGAGGUUUGCUUUGAUUCCUAAAAAUAACCCCAGCCAGCCACAGGCUCCAGGCUGCUGCUUUGGUCCCAAGCCACGUUGCCAUCACACUCAAAGGCUCCCAAAGAUUUGAGAUGGGAGGAACACCAGCAGUCCAAGGUACAAAUACAGCCUGAUCCAAUCCAACACCACAGCAAGCCCUCCAGGGAGCCCCGGCUCCCUUGCCCAGUGGUCACGGAAGGAGCGAAGUCUCCUGGCCUGGCUGUCACAUCCUGCCCUGUUGUUUGUGUUCCCUUGCUAGCUGCCAUGGCCUGGUCUUCGAAUCUGGCCACCAACAAAUGUUGCCGUUGUCAUGUACAGGCAACAAAAUAAAUAUAGGUGGAAAAACCCAAGCUUAGUGAUUUGGAGAAGGGAGUUUAUCUGCGGCAUGGCCAAUGGAAGUAUUAAAUCAUCCUGUGUUUGAGCAGUGUUUGCUAUCCCCAAUACCCUGCUGCCUUCCCUUCUGUGCAGAGGUCAGAGUUACCAAACACUGAGACACCUUCUUUGCUGUUCUGGCUCCCAGGGAAGGACCCCUUGUUUGUCUGGUGGUCCACCAAGCCCUUCUGCAACCAGCAUAAUCACCUCCUUUAUGUUCUCCUUACCAGGCCUUUGGAAAAUAAUCCUGACGCCUCUGCCAUAACUUACAGAAAAUAAACUUGUUGUGAAAAGGUC